CCAACAAUGUUGGGUGUGUGGUCCCUGCUUCUGCUCUGGGGCCUGGUGACUCCAUGCCAGGGGCUGCUGGAGACGGUAGGCACACUCGCUCGGAUUGACAAGGAUGAACUUGGCAAAGCCAUCCAGAACUCACUGAUUGCGGGACCCAUCCUGCAGAAUGUCUUGGGGACAGUGACAUCGGUAAACCAGGGCCUGCUGGGCUCCGGAGGGCUGCUUGGAGGAGGUGGCCUGCUGAGCUAUGGAGGGAUUUUUGGUGUCGUGGAAGAGCUCUCAGGGCUGAAGAUAGAGGAACUCACACUGCCAAAAUUGUCACUGAAGCUGCUGCCAGGGUUUGGGGUACAGCUGGUCCUGCACACCAAGGUGGGACUGCACGGCUCUGGCCCCCUGGGGGGUCUCCUGCAGCUGGCAGCAGAGGUGAACGUGUCCUCCAGGGUGGCACUGGGCGUGAGCCCCCGAGGGACACCCAUGCUGGUCCUCAAGCGCUGCAACAUGCUCCUAGGCCACAUCAGCCUGGCUUCAGGGCUGCUGCCCACACCAGUCUUUGGGGUCGUGGAACAGACAUUGUGCAAGGUGCUACCUGACCUGCUGUGCCCUGUGGUGGACAGCGUGCUGAGCGUGGUGAAUGAGCUCCUGGGGACUGUGUUGAGUCUAGUGCCUCUGGGAGCCCUGGGAUCCGUGGAGUUCACCUUGGCCACUCUGCCUCUCAUCUCCAACCAGUACAUCGAGUUGGACAUCAACUCUGUCGUGAAGAGUGUGGCUGGCAAUGUCGUUGAUUUCCCCAAGCCACGUGUCCCAGUCAAGGUGCCCCCCAAGGCGGACCACACCUCCCAGGUGACAGUGCCUCUGUACCUCUUCAACACGGUGUUUGGGCUCCUGCAGACCAAUGGUGCCCUUGACCUGGACAUCACCAAGGAGCUGGUUCCCAGCAAUGUCCCUCUGACCACCACAGACCUGGCAGCUUUGGUUCCUGGGGCCCUGGGGAAGUUGCCCCCAGACCGGAAUCUGAUACUCUUACUGAGCGUGAAAGAAGCUCCCCUGGUCACACUCCAGAGCAAGAAGGCGACUGUAUCCAUCCCGGCUGCCAUCCACAUGCUGUCCUCUGUCCCGCAAGGGAGCCCCGAAGCCCUCUUCCAGUUAAACGGGGUGCUGACUCUAAAUGCCCAGCUGGCGCCCUCGGCCACCAGGCUUCACAUCGCCCUGUCCCUGGAACGGCUCAGUGUCAAGCUGGCCUCUUCAUUUGUGCAGUCCUUUGAUGUGACCCGCUUGGAGGAAUGGCUCAGCGACGUGCUCCGGGCUGCCUAUGUGCCAAAGCUCAAUGUGGACCUGGAGGUUGGGAUUCCUCUGCCUAAGAUUCUCAAUGUCAAUUUUGCCAACUCAGUUCUGGAGAUCAUUGAGAAUGCUGUUGUACUGACUGUGGCUUCCUGA